GCCGGGAGGAGACGCUGCCGCCGCCGCCCCGCGGCGCGUCCCUCUCCUUCCUGCGGCGGGGCGAGGGCUGCCCCCUCCUCCGUCAGUCGCGGCAGCAGCAGCAGCAGCAUGCGCGGCGGUGGCGGCGGCCGGAACGCGGCGGCGAGGGCACGGCUGGCUGCGCGGCUGCUGGCGGUGCUCGGCUGCGUCCUGACAGCGGAGGCCCAGCUCACAGGAGUCCUAGAUGAUUGUUUAUGUGACAUAGAAAGCAUCGAUGACUUCAAUACUUUCAAGAUCUUUCCCAAAAUACAGAAACUGCAAGAACGUGAUUACUUCAGAUAUUACAAGGUCAACCUGAAGAGACCAUGCCCAUUUUGGGCUGAUGAUGGCCAUUGUUCUAUCAAAGAUUGUCAUGUAGAGCCUUGUCCUGAGAGCAAAAUACCUGUUGGAAUUAAGGCUGGGAGCUCUAAUAAAUAUUCAAAAGCAGCAAAUAAUUCCAAAGAAUUGGAAGACUGUGAGCAAGCUAACAAGCUGGGAGCAGUUAACAGUACCUUAAGUAACCAAAGUAAGGAGGCUUUCAUUGACUGGGCAAGAUACGAUGAUUCACAGGAUCAUUUUUGUGAACUUGAUGAUGAGAGAUCUCCAGAUGCACAGUAUGUGGAUUUGCUGCUGAAUCCAGAACGUUACACUGGAUACAAGGGGCCUUCUGCUUGGAGAGUAUGGAACAGCAUUUAUGAAGAAAACUGCUUCAAGCCUCGAUCUGUCUAUCGUCCUUUAAAUCCAUUGGCACCUAGUAGGGGAGGAGAUGAUGGAGAAUCUUUCUACACAUGGCUAGAAGGUCUUUGCCUUGAGAAAAGAGUGUUUUAUAAACUCAUUUCUGGACUCCAUGCAAGCAUCAACUUGCAUCUGUGUGCAAAUUAUCUUCUUGAAGAAACGUGGGGGAAGCCCCGCUGGGGACCAAAUGUGAAAGAGUUCACUCGUCGCUUUGACCCUGCUGAAACGAAAGGAGAAGGACCAAGGAGGCUGAAGAACUUGUAUUUCUUGUAUUUGAUAGAGCUGCGUGCUUUGUCAAAGGUUGCUCCAUACUUUGAGCGUGCAGUUGUCGACCUUUACACCGGCAAUGGCCACGAGGAUGCUGAAUCUAAAGCUCUUUUACUAGAUAUCUUCAGGGAUACCAAGUCCUUCCAUAUGCACUUUGAUGAAAAGUCCAUGUUUGCUGGAGAUAAAAAAGGAGCCAAGUCACUAAAGGAAGAAUUCAGAUUGCAUUUCAAGAACAUCUCCCGCAUAAUGGACUGUGUUGGAUGUGACAAAUGCAGGCUGUGGGGCAAGUUGCAGACUCAAGGCUUAGGAACUGCUCUGAAGAUUUUGUUUUCUGAGAAGGAAAUACAGAGCCUUCCUGAGAAUAGCCCAUCAAAAGGUUUUCAGCUCACACGGCAAGAAAUAGUUGCCCUUGUAAAUGCCUUUGGAAGGCUUUCCACAAGUAUAAAAGAGUUGCAGAAUUUUAAAGUUUUAUUACAACAAACUAGGUAAUGAAGGUCUUUGCACAACCUGUUAGUGAAGAUCAUUUACAUGACUGCGUUGAGCAGAAGGAACUGAUCCUUACAGGACUCACAUGAACUGAUAAAAAGUAAAAUCAAAUCCCAACUUGAAUAUUUAUGUUUAAACUAGGAAUGGUUAUUAAUUAGAAAAUAUAUUUAUGAAUGAAAUAUAUAGUUUUUAAAUGUGUAAAUUAUGCUGAUCUGUUUAUUUUUUAAGUUUUCUGUUCACAGUUCUGUUGAAACUUCAUAAAUUUUCUUAUUUCCUUUUCUUUCUGAGACAGCUGUUUUAUAUGAAAACAUAUGUACCUCCACCCUGACUUGCCCCAUCUGGAAAGGGGGGGAUCACUUCUUGUGUUUCCCCAUUUACUGAACUUCAGUGCAUUCUGAGGAUUUGGUGUGUUAGUUCUGACUGUCAGAGGUGGGUGGGGGGGAAACCUCCAAACAAACAAAAGAUAACAACAAAAAACUAACCACAAAAAAGAAAUAAGGCUCUUCCUGAGUUUAGCUUCUUACUGUAAUAAUGAAACUUACUUAAAAAUAGCAAAUUUAAUGAGCAGAAAAUUUUUUCAUGCUGGCCUUCCUUUGCAUCAUGAAGAUACCAAUUUUUUUGCCCUUGUCUUGUGAUUUUCAGCACUUUUUUUUUAAUUACUACCUUGUCUCUGAUGCAGCAGAGUUGAAAGUGGCUUUUCUGUAGCCCCUUGCUGCAGCUCCUUAUCUGCAUUUACUUGGAAGUAGGGGUCAGGACAGGGGGGAGAUGGUUAGUGGAGUGCUGCUAGCUGAAAAACCGCAGUCAAUCAAAUUUCUGUUUACUCCAUAUUAUUUUUCUGGAUUGUAAUCACAAGUUCAAAAGUUGUCUUUUUAGUGUCUUAAAUGUUAAAAUAGCACACUUGGUCUUUGAGCCAUGGAAAUAAAUUUGCUCUUUAUGAGUUAUGUUGGAGUGCUAUGUUAAAAGGUCAGUGUAAAAAUAACUUGCUUUUUUAGCCACUUUUGAAAAAGAUGCUUUUUAAAAUUCAUAAUCAUACUGACAUUUAAUGCCACAUACUCUAUCUAUGCAAACCCAUACUGUAUCUUCUUUAAAAGGAUAUUCAGCAUUAAAAAAACGGGUAUAUUAAUAACAUUUCUUUCAUAAAAUAAAAAAUUACUCAUAUAUCAUUGUCCACAAAGUCAGUGAUAACUUACCAGUGUCAAAACAGAAUUCAGAAACAGCAUCAUCAUUAGUAGCAGCCAAAUAUUGGUUUAAAUUUUAAAUGAAGUAAUAAUUUCUUUUAUACCAGCAUGUUUAAAAAUGAAGUUAGGUGUUAUGAAUGUAGGAAGUGCUGGUGCAGUGUAGGUACAUCUCUUGUUUUUAAAAACAAGUCUUCACAAAAUUAAGUGCUCUUAAACAUUUUUCACCCUAUUAGAUACUGAGUGAUCUAUUAUAUAAUUGAUUGUAACUGUAUUGGCUUCCAUAAUGUGUUCCUUUAUAGCUGAAAUUUUCUGAAGGCUUUGUUUCCAGACUAGCUUCAAAUUUCUACCUGACUGGAAAUGAAAUAGACUAUUCUGCUGACACUUGGCUUUUAUAAAAAUGCUGUUGCUUAAGAAAGUUAACCCCUUUGUGUCAAACUGUGAUGUGCUAAAUGAAAUUUAAAAAAAUAGAAAGGGAAAUAAAAAAACAAACAAAAUCCAAACCACCCUUAAUUUGGUGAUAGUUGCACAAAUUGGCAGUGAACUGGUAUCCCAGUGGAAGUUUCUGUUUAACCUUAAAGGUAAUUGGACAUGGUGUUAGGGGAAGCUGAUGCCAGUUUGGGGAUGUUAUGUUUUUUCCUAGUAGCCUCUCUGGCCUGUGGGCACCUGUGACUGAGCAAGGCUUUUGUUUUCUAGUUAAGCAGAAGAGCAGGAGGUUUCUAGAUGGAUUCAUCUGGCCUCUUCCAAGCUCUGUAUUUGCACCCUCAGAGUUUAUUUUUCUCUAUUAAAUUGAAGUGGGAAUCUAGGUAAGUAGCUCAGAUGUGAACAGCUGUGUUUAGUAGAUGUGUUAUACCCUGAGUAUCCAAAUCUUCUGAGUAAUUGUAUAUAUUGAAAGAGUGUAAUUUUUAAUUGGCUGUUAAUUCUUUGCCUUUUGGAUUGGAUAGACCUGCAAGGGCUAGAACUGUAGGCUCACUUGUGUGAGGAGUGCCGUAUAACUGGGAUUUAUCUGUGUUAUAUUAUAGUGCCUAAAGCUUUAGGCAGAGUUUUCUAGUUAAAAUAAAAAACAAAACUGUAUGACUGUGCUGCCCCAGGAAGGACCUAAGUCUCAGAAAUGUUUCUUCCUUUUUCCCCCUUGCUGUGUGGGGAAAGUGAAUUGCUUCCAGCCUCCUCCUGGGGAUGCAACUUGCUAUUUUUUUUCUUUCUCCACCUGUGCCUGGCUAAAAUCAACAGACACUGAAGCAGAAUCAUGCACUUGCUCAUGGGACAGGUGAGAGAUUCAGGCAUGCAGAUCCUGGCACCUGGUCCUUGCAGCCCUCAUUGGUGCAAGGUAAAUACUGUUGGGUAAGGACAUAAAGAGAUGUGAAGGUUUUCUUCUUUUCCUUUGUGUCAUGGCAACACAGGAAUGCAACUGAACAGCAAAUUGUAUGUGUAAGUUCUGUUGCACCUGAAGGUACAUAUCUCUUGAUGAUCAAAUAUGGAAGGCAUUUCACUUCACUGUCGUUAUAGAGAUAGGACAUAAGAUUUUUCCUGUAACAGAUCUAGUUGAAACAAUUUUCCUGUCACCAUCUUUUUUACUGUAUUUGAUGUACAUUCUGUGACUUCGCUGCCUAUGAAGUUUUGCUGUGUGAGUUGGAUGACUUAGUUCUUUAUAUGUUAAAUUAAAUUUUAAAAAUUUACAGCUCUUUUUUUAUACUAAAGAAUAAGGUUAGUUACACCGUCCAUGACCUGUAAACUGUUUUAAAUUCCAGCUCCCUGUUGGAGAUCAGCUUGUCAACACUGUCUGCCAUUUAUUUCAAAGUAGCAGUACCUUCCUUGUACAAAUGACACAAUGAUUGUAAUCCCAAAGGUAGUGAGAAGACAAAGACAAAAAUAUUUACUUAUUCCCAAGUCAUGAAGACUUGUGUAAAAUGGUGAAAAAAGACUUGCAUAGGUAAAAGUCAAAAAAAAAAACUGCAUAGGUAAAAAGUAGGGCACUGUUACUGAAUAACUUGUUCUUCAGUGCCUUAGGAGGUAGGUCAGAAUAUAAAUUUAAAACAAUGAAAUAUAGACUUGUGUAAGCUGGAAUAAUAAAUGUUUUCCUAGUUUUCAGCUGAUGAUCUGUGCUGUCAUUGUAUGUGCAUGAAAUACACUGUGCCACAUUUUCUUGAGUUGUGUUUGAUGGUUGGGUUGCCUUUAUCUGACCUUGCUUUGUGCUUUUCUGGGAAAUGACUUGUAAUAUUUUGUAAAUAAUCUUGAUGCUCAUGUUUAUAAAGUAGCAAUCAGCAAUUCAUCACUUCACAAUUUCUCCAUAUAGCUAUCCUAUUAAAAUGUAAUAUUUAUUAAAAUCAGAAUCAAUGUUGGAACUGCUUAUUGAGAUCUAAACACUUCUGAAUCUUUGCUAUGUUUGAAUCUACAAAAUGCAAAUUAAAGUAUUUUCUGCUACACCUUUUUGUGGAUGUGAUUUUUGGUGUUUCAUAUGAAAAUAUAUUUUUUGAUUUUUAUUUACCUUUCAAUGACACUUGAUAGCUAUUACAUAAAUUGCUUUUGUGAUAAUCAUGUAAGAUUAAAAUGAUGAUAUUUUCACUCUCACUUAAAUGUCAUUCAAAAAAUGAAGGUAACCUGUAUAUUUCUUGCUGCUUACAUUGCACUGUAGUGUGUCUGCACAUCAGGAAUCCAUUGUAGAAUUACAGUAUGUUUCUGUAUGAAUAUCACCAAAUUUAGCCCCUGCUUAAAUCCAAUUGUUUUAAGAUACAAAAAGGCUUAUUUAGAAAUGAAGUCUGUUCUGUCCCUUUCUCAGAAUAGCUUAUAAAAUCAAUUUUGUAAAUAUUUUUUUGGUUUGUUCAUCCAAUGGAGGUCUUUAUGUUGAAAUUAUUUCUCUGGAAGGGUCUCUUUUUCCUUCCAUGUAUGCAUUUUUAACAAAUUAUCUUACCGAAAAUCUGAUAUUUCAUCCCCAGCAUAGGUAAGUGCCUGUUAGGUGAUGAUAAAUAGAAGAUUUUACCUCUCACAUUGUUAAAAUCUCCUUUGUUUUAGAGUAUUUGGUUCAUUACCAUGGUUGGUUACAGUCACUUGACUGUGCGCAUACUGGGUAUAGGGCUGAAGUUUGUUGUAAGUGCAGAAUGCUCUUUAAGUUUUUGCUGUUCAGCUGUAACUGCUGUGAACAUAAAAUUCCUGCAGACUUCUCUUGCACUGGGUCUUCAGGCAGUUUUGUACAAACAUGUACAUUUGUAGAUGUAGAAUUUGUACAAACAUGCAUUUGUAGAUUGUAGAACUCCAAAGCGUUUAAUAAAAUUUCAUUUCUCCCAA